AUGGAACAGAGCGCCAAGCGACGCAAGGUAUCCCACAAGGGCGACUCCAAGAUCUCUGCCAACAUCGCGACGGCGAGUCCAUUCGUACUGCAGACGGACGAACUGUUGAAGGAAGUCAAAGUCAACUACGCCGAGGCUCUCGAUGGCGCCGACGCCCUGUUGCAUAAGAUCAGAAACUUGAUUCAAGGAAUUGAGUCUCACGGUCCUAUUCCUAUCGCCGAAGCCACGCGCAAGUUCCAGAAGACGAACAAGGUCAAAAUUCCCUACCCGGAUCCGAAACCCGCCGACGAUGCGCCGUACAAGCUGUCAUACGAAAAGCCCGCCGCUUACAAUGUCGUGGGCAGCUACGUCUCGAGGACGAUGAUCCAGGCUCAGGCCAACAAGGGCGUGGACAUGAUUGUGCAGAUGCCGGCUUCGCUAUUCCAAGAGAAGGAUCACCAGAACAUGCGGUACUUCUACCGCAGAGCCUACUAUAUUGCGAAUAUUGCAGCCGCUUUGCGCAAAGAGUUGGCAGGAUCUGCCGACCUGGAGUUCGAGAAUCUCAAUGGCAAUGCCCUUCUGCCUGUCCUCUCCAUCAGACCCUCUUCAACAUCCGAAUCUUCAGAAAGCGACGAGAGCGACGAGAAGGCCGAAUCGGGGUCUUCAAAGGCGGAUUUCGUCAUUCGGAUCAUUCCUUGCGCGCCCGAAGGUGUCUUCCCCAAGAAGAAGUUGCAUCCCGCGUACAACAGCAACCGAAAUGGGCAGCCGGAGAACGCCAAGGAGUCGACUGUGUCUACGCCCUUCUAUAGCUCGACCAUCAAGGCCGAAGACACCUUUGUCACGUAUCUGCGGGUCCUCACUAGAGCCAAGACGGAUUGCGCAGCCUUCGCAGACGCUUGCAUACUGGGAAGAAUCUGGCUCCAACAGCGAGGUUUGGGCAGUUCGCUGGCCAAGGGUGGAUUUGGUCACUUUGAAUGGGCAAUCAUGAUGGCCUUGCUGCUGCAGACCGGUGGACGGAACGGUCAGCCGGCGCUUUCUUCGGCUCUGAGCAGCACUGAGCUAUUCAAGGCCACUGUCCAGUUCCUUGCGUCUACCGAGUUUGCCAAGAAGCCCUUUGUCUUCGGCACGUACAAGCUGGGCGCUGACCUUAUUCGGGAGAACGGCCCCGUCAUGUUCGAUCCCGAACGUGAGGUCAACAUUUUGUACAAGAUGAGCCCCUGGUCGGCGAGCCUCCUCCACUUCCACGCCAGCACCACCAUGGAAGUACUUAACGACACUCUGGCGAACCAGUUCGAGCCGACCUUCAUCACCAAAGCCGACUUGCCGCUACACCUGUUCGACAGCAUUUUCGAGAUCCAAAAUGUGGACAGCAACUCAAAAAGCACCAACCCGGACCGGCGAGGUGCCGUCUGGGAUCUGAGUUUCAAGGCCUACACCGUUCUGAAGAAGGCGUUGAAGGAAAGGUCACAGCUGAUCCAUUUCGCGAGCCAAGACCCGGCACCGUGGUCAAUCACCAGCAACCAGCCCACGAACCUGUCCAACAUCCAAGUUGGCGUCAUCUUCGACCCUGCCAACAUGGGCCGCUUGAUGGAGUAUGGUCCUUCGGCCGAGCUCGAGAAGGAGGCGGCAAAGUUCCGCAAGUUCUGGGGUGACAAGGCCGAGCUCCGUCGUUUCCAGGACGGCAGCAUCCUCGAGUGCGUGCAGUGGACGAGGCAGACGUCUGCAGAAAUCUGCGAGGAAAUCAUCCGGUACGCCCUCCAGCGCCACGUGAGCCUCGGCGCCGGAGAUCUGCGCUUCCACGAUGCCGAUAUCCCCCCUUCCCUGGACAUCUCGCCCUUUGAUAGGGAAUCCUUUGAGGCAGCGAGAAAGGCCUUUAGCACGCUCGAGCAGGAUAUCCGCGGCCUGGAGGAGAUGCCUCUCUCGGUCAGACAACUCGCCCCCGUCGUACCCGAACUACGAUCCGCGUCGGUCACGCCGCCCUUUGCGCUCUCUCAGAAAUCCGGCCCUCCGCCCAUGGACGUGAACCUCUACUUCGAGGCAUCCAGCAAGUGGCCGGAGAACCUCGUCGCCAUCCAGGAGACCAAGAUUGAGUUCCUUCUCGACAUCGACCGUCGGUUACGCGCCGCCCACGAUAACAUCUCGACGAGCCUCGGCCGCGACAACGCAGCAAGGGACAUUGACAACCUCGCCUACCUGGACAUCAUCUACCCGAACGGUGCCGCCUUCCGCCUGCGCAUCUACGCAGAGCUCGAAGAGACCCUCCUAGACCGCCAGGCCAGGAACAAGACGCUGGACCCCCAGAGUAGAGUACAGGCCGAAGAGGCCCUCUUCAACCUCAACUGGCGCCACAAGCACCUGCCCCUCCACACGCAGACAAUCACAACCUAUUGCACCCGCUUCACCACCCUCUCCAACACGAUCCGCCUCGUCAAGCACUGGUUCAACGCACACAAGCUCGCGGGCCACAUCUCGGAAGAGCUCAUCGAGCUCCUCGCCCUCCACGUUUUCCUCAACCCGAACCCCUGGAAGGUGCCCUCCAGCACAAUGUCCGGCUUCCUCCGCACGAUCCUCUUCCUCUCCCGCUGGGACUGGCGCGACGAGGCCCUCGUCGUCGACUCCUCCGACGAUAUGACGGCCGAUGACCGCGCCGUCGCCCAGCAUCACCUCGAGGCCUGGCGCGCCCGCGACCCGACAAUGUCCCACGCCGUCCUCUUCGUCGCCACCCCGCACGACCACCUAGGCCUAGCCUACACCCGCCAGGGCCCCUCCAAGCUCCUCGCAACCCGCAUGACCCGCCUCGCGAAAGCCGCCAGCAAAAAGAUCAAGGAGCAAGGCAUUGCGCUCGACGUCGCCGAGCUCUUCCAACCGUCCCUGGCAGACUACGACGUUCUCCUUCACCUCUCCACCUCGGGCCUGAAACGCGUCGCCCGCGACGCCGCCUCCGAGGCGGGCACCCGCACCUCCCUCUUCAAGAACCUCGACGAGCGGACGGGCAAGAUCCCGCUGCCGCUCGCGCGACACCCGGCGACGGUCCUGUUGUCGGAGCUCGAGACGGCGUACGAGGAUACCCUCGUCUUCUUCCACGGCGCGUCCGGCGACGCCGUCAUCGGCGCCAUCUGGCAGCCUAAGCUGCGCAGUCGACAAAAGUUCCGCGUCGGUCUGCCGUACAACUUUCACCGGGUCGAGGGCGACAGCGAAGACGACGAUGAGGGCGAUGUGGUUGAGGUGAACAAGCCGGCUGUGCUGCUGGAGAUUGCUAGAAUCGGUGGUGACUUGAUCAAGAAGAUUGAGCUCACUGAAUAG